AUGAGCGAGCGGCGACUGCGUGCUGCGAGCGUUGAGGCGGCGGCACGACAUAGAGUUACUCCGACUUCGAGCGUUGAAGCAGUGUCCAUCGCUGCCCACUCUUCACCCCUAAGCAAAGCGAAAGAUUAUAUGAUGCUAAGCAAAGCGAAAGAUUAUACGGCAUCAUCGGGUUUCUAUUCCUCAAUUCCUAUUAUUUGGCCUAAUUUAUACACUUUGAGCUUCCGAUCCACACGCUCGCAUCCACUUCCUCUAACGAUGACAAUGCUGCAAACUUCGCAACUGCUUUGGGAUUGUGGGAUGAGCUGCUUUGACUUUGCGAGAAGUGGGUCGCCGGAAAAGACUAAUCAGAUCAUCAAGACCCUGUCGAAAGACAUUUACUGCAGGCUUAGAUCUAUGCACAAAAAGGAGGAAAUUUCUUUCUCAUACCCUGGUGAUGAUAACCAAAAAGCUGAAAAGCAGAAUCAAAAUCAGAGCGAAAGAAAUUUAAAGACAAUAUCUUACUGCAAGGCUUUCAGCAACUAA